UGCAUCCAAACAGACAGCAAGAUCAAGUGAUGGCUAAUUGGUACAUUGUGGGACUUUUGGUGGCCGUUUUUUUGGUGCAACGAGGUGCCGAUUCAUUGCUGCUAACGCAAACCGCCCCCAAUCUGCUGGUGGAAAUCGGUGUAAACAAUGCCGCCGACACGCAGUGCUUCUUCAAGAAAAUCUUCAAGGGACAGGCCAGCCCAAUUCAGAUCACCCACACGAUGCCUGCGGCCAUGCCCAUAAACUACGUACUGGUUGAUGCGAGCAAUUCCAUCUAUCGGGCGACCGGGAUUACGGCUACCAUCGUUAGGGGAGCCAUUGCCACUGCCAUGUUGACGUUGCAGGUGACCGAAUCCAGCGGGAAACCAGUGUUCCUGAACGAUAUCAUUGUUACUAUGAAGUGCACGCCGUGAGCUAAGCUUAUGUUAAACAAAAGAUUUGAAAUGUUUGUUGCAUGUUUAACAGUAAAAAUGAGAGAAAAAAGGUUAAAUUAUUCAUUAAAAAGAAAAAAACCUAAUCCUGCAUCGUAAUUCUCUUUUCAAAAAUUUAAGAAAACAAAAUAAAAUCAGGAAUGUUACC